CCCAGUCAAUAGAAGUAUGUCACUUAUCUUCUUAAGAAGACUCAACUUUUAUCUGCUUAACCAGUGUCUACUCCUAUUGCUCUUGCCAACACUCAUGCUACCACCUCUCCACCAGAAUUUGAUAAUACUCAUCAUUAUAGAAGUACUAUGGUGACUUACAAUACUUAACCAUCACCAGGCCUGACAUCUCCUUUGCAGUAAAUAGAGCUUGUCAGUUUAUGCAUAGUCCAUCUGUUGAUGAAUGGAGUGCUGUUAAGCGAAUUCCGCGCUAUCUAAAUGGAACUAAAUCUCAUGGUUUGCAAUUCAAAAGAGCUUCUUCUCUUCCCCUUCAAAUGUUUUGUGAUGCUGAUUGGGGUGGAGAUCCUAUUGAUAGAAGAUCUACUAGUGGCAUGGCAUUGUUCUUAGGUCCCAAUCUGAUUUCAUGGUGCUCUCGCAAGAGAAAAUCUGUGUCUCGUUCUAGCACUGAGGCUGAAUACAGGGCUAUGGCUGAAGCUACUUCUGAGAUUCUAUGGGUUCAAUCUCUUCUUGGUGAAUUGCAUCUUCCUGUGUCAGGUUCAUCAUAUCUGCACUAAAGAUCAACUUGCGGACACUCUGACCAAAGCUUUAACUUCUUCACGCUUUGAGUACAUACAUGACAAGCUUACUGUCUCUGUUCCAGAUGCCAUUCUCUUGCGGGGAGGUGUUAAGCUAGUGUAAAACUAGAGUGCCAGCAGUUAGUUAGAGAAUGAUUUUCACCUGACAGUUAAUAGCUGUUACAGGCUGUAAUUACUAUGAGCUGUCAUGUUGACUUUUAAUCUUCUCUUUCUUGGUCUUUAAAUAAGCUUAUACUCUAUCUGGUUUUAGUAAUGAAAAGAUUAGAGCAUU